AUGGCGACGCUGCUUCACGCGAUGCAGUGCGGCGCGUCGCGGAGUCCGACGCUGAGUCCUCGGACGAGUCCGCUCGUGCAUAUCCGGCGCCGGAGAACCACGCUAAGGAUGCUUCUCGGCCGGGGUGGAGGAUCACGACGGCGGCGAGAAUCGGCGAUUCAGCGGGAAAGUCUGUUGGAGAUGAAGGGCAGGGAUCUGGUGCGGAGACGCUCACUGAAGGACCUGUUUGUGUCUUCGCCAGGUGGCGAAGAUGAUGUAACUAACGACGAGAUUGGUAAUAGCAGCGUUGAUAAUAUGGGCCUUGCUGGGCCGGGUUAUGCUCCCGGGUCGCCUAGACCCGUUGGGUCGGGUUUUCGUUGCCGGUCAUUGCUGUCAAAGAGAGCUUGGCGCCCUGUUCUUGUUACCAUUGCUGAGUAA